AUGUCUUACACCAUCGUAUCAGGCGACAGCUUCUGGUCCAUCGCUCAAGCCCACGGUACCACCGUCGCUGCCAUCGAGGCCGCAAACCCUGGAGUAAACCCCAGCUCCCUUCAAGUCGGCCAAGUUAUCAACCUCCCUGGCGGUGGAAGCUCGGCACCCAGCAACGGCGGCGGUUCCAGUGUCGGUGGUGGCUAUGUUGCGUACAGCGGCCCCGCUUCCAACUUCCCUGACCCAAGCACCUGGGCCAGCUACGACACCCUCUGGUCCCAGAACUCCACCCUGAUGGCCCUUAACGACAGCCCCAGCGAAGUCGGCUUCAUCAAGGCUGCCAUCGACCAAGUCGCCCCCGAGUCCGGUAUCGAUGCCCGCGCUAUCCUUUGCGUCAUUAUGCAAGAAUCCGGCGGCAACGUCCGUGUCGGUACCACCAACAACGGUGUCGGAAACCCUGGUAUCAUGCAGUCCCACGCUGGUGUCGCUUUCAACGCUAGCGACCCCCAAGGCAGCAUUCUCCAGAUGGUUCGCGACGGUACCGAAGGUACCGCGUCCGGAGAUGGCUUGAAGCAGUUGUAUGCGAGGUACAACAACUACUACGAGGCUUUCCGCGGCUACAACUCUGGGUCUGUGGACCAGAACGAUCUCAACGACCCCGUUGGUGCUACGGCUACCUAUGUUCAGUCCGUUGCCAACAGGCUCAUGGGUCAUCAGUGGUCUGGUAUGUAA